AUGGUUGGCCAAGAUGUGACCCAGGUCCUGUGUGUGGAGGGCUCCCCUUUCUGCGCUCUGCGCUCGCGGGUCAGAGCGACCCAGGCCCUGUGUUUCCAGGGCUCUCGCUCUGCGCUGGCGGGGCUGGCCCUCUGCGCUCUGCGAGUCCGAGCGACCCUGUCAGCCACUGGCGAGGCGUGUGCCGUGGAGCCCGUCCGGCCGGCCCUACGUAGAGAGGAUACUAAUAUUGUCAUCGGCGCCCAGACUCCGGGCCCCACGGCCUAUGCCGCGACACAGGCCCGCGACAUCGCGUCCGCCUUCCACCUGUUUGUCACACCGGCAAUAGAAAGGAUAAUUGUGGAAAUGACGAACCUGCACGGAGCCAGAAAAUACGGCGACGGCUGGCGACCCAUGGACGCCACGGACCUGCACGCCUACCUAGGGCUGCUGAUCCUAGCGGGCGUCUACAGGUCCCGGGGCGAGGCCGCGGCAAGCCUGUGGGACGCCGAGAGCGGCAGGACCGUGUUCCGAGCCACCAUGUCGCUCAAGGUCUUUCACAGGUACUCGAGGCUGCUGCGAUUCGACGACCGCCAGUCGAGACCCGCCAGACUCGCCACGGACAAACUCGCAGCCAUACGGGAGGUCUGGGACCUGUGGGAGGCGCGGCUGCCGGCCCUCUACAACCCGGGGCCUGACGUGACGGUGGACGAGCAACUGGUCCCGUUCAGAGGCCGCUGUCCUUUCCGUCAGUACAUCCCCAGCAAGCCGGCCAAAUACGGCAUCAAGUCGUGGGUGGCCUGCGACGCCAAGUCCAGCUACGCUUGGAAGAUGCAAGUGUACACCGGCAAGGCGGCCGGCGGAGGCCCCGAGAAGAACCAGGGGAUGCGCGUCGUCCUCGAUCUGACAACGGGCCUGAGCGGUCGCAACGUCACCUGCGACAACUUCUUCACCUCCUACGACCUGGGCCAGCGGCUCCUCGAGAGGAACCUCACCAUGGUGGGCACGGUGAGAAAGAACAAGGCCGAGCUCCCGCCCGCGCUGCUCGAGUCCAGGGGCAGACAGGUCCUGUCCUCCAGGUUCGCCUUCACGCCCACCGCCACUCUGGUGUCUUACCUGGCAAAGAGAAACAAGAACGUGCUACUCUUGAGCACGCUGCACACAGAGGGCCACAUCAGCGAUCGUCGCGACAAGAAGCCGGCCCUCAUCCUAGACUACAACUGCAACAAGGGCGGCGUGGACAACCUAGACAAGGUGGUGGGCACCUACAGCUGCAGACGGAUGACUGCCCGCUGGCCCCUGGUCGUCUUCCACAACAUCCUCGACGUGUCCUCCUACAACGCCUUUGUCAUAUGGCGAGAGAUCAAGCCUGACUGGAUGCCUGGCAAGCGGAACAAGCGCAGGGUGUUCCUCGAGCAGCUGGGAAAGGCACUCGUGAAGCCGCUGAUCCAAAGAAGGCAGCAUCUGCCCCGCACCGAAGCGGCGUCAGCCCUUGUCAAAGUCCUACAGAGUGCUACGGCGGCGCCUCCUGAUCAACAGCGCCAGGGCCCCGCCGCUGGCACGGCCGCUGCCCCGCUCGUUGCCCCGGCCACCACCGGGGCAAGUAAGAGGAAGAGGUGUCAGCUCUGCCCACCCAAGAAGGACUCCAAGACACACACGGUGUGCUGCAGGUGUAAGAAAUACAUCUGCAAAGGCUGUUCACACACCUACUGUCACACUUGCGCACAUUGGGCCUUUAGCCAGGACGGGACAGGGUGA